AUGCUUGUUUCUAAAACCAUAAAAGUUUUAGAAGAUUCGAUUAAUAAUACCAUCAAGAAUCACGAUGUUUCCAAUAUUUUCUUUGAAAAGAUUAUAUUUAUUAUUGAAGAAGAAAUUGUUAAACCAUUAUGUAACACCGAUUUAAUGAUCUUUUUAAAAGAACAAAGAUAUUUAUGUUCUGUUAAUUUAAACUUAAUAAGUGAUAAGAGUGGUUCAAAAGAUGAAAAAUUAAAAAAAGAAAAUUACUUUAGAAUGGUUUAUUGUGAAUUAAAAAAAAUAUUCUGA